AUGGUUGAUUUGUCCAUCAGCCUUUUUGGUUUAACAAUCUUCAUUUCUUGCCUUGGACUUGUGGGUAAUGUAUUUUUAAUCAUCUCCAUACUUCAGAUCAAGUUCUCCAGAGUUAAAUCCUUUGAGUUGUUUCUUCUGGGACUUGCUUCAGCCAAUUUGGAGGAAAUUAUAAUCGUGAACAUCUACGAUAUAAUAAUUCAUCAGACCUCAACUGCCUCAACAACCACUACCGGCACUUUCUCGUGUUAUUUUCUGAGGUUCUUGACUGUGUUUGGGGAAAUUUCCAGCAUCCUCUUCACCAUCCUCAUCAGCAUCUACCGCUAUCUGAAGCUAAGAAACGCCAACAAAAGAGUCAACCUGUCAAUCUCCCUGGACAGCAUCAGGUCGGCCUGGAUCGCCAGCGGGGUUUGUGUGUUGCUGUCAAUGCUUAUGAGUGUCCCUGUUUUUGUUAUCAGCCCUCAAGGCUCGGUGGAAAACAUCACAAGAAACAACAGCAUCUGCCCUCCAGACUUCUUCCAGUGUAGUAAGAUUGACUGCCCCAUCCUCAACAGAAUCUACAAAUACCUCUUCAUCCUGGUGUGCAACCUGCUGCCUCUCAUCAUUGUCACGGUAACCAGCAUCCUCAUCCUCAUGGUGCUGCUGAGACAAAGGAGUGUAGUGCAGCCGGUGGAAAGCGUGAGCGGGUCGAAUCAGUUCAAACGGAGUACAAAGGUGAAGCUCCAGAGAAGCACCAUCGCUGUACUGGCUGCUAUGGGACUGUUCCAGGUGGACUGGACUCUCUACCUGAUCUUUCAUCUGACUUUUAGCCCCACUGACUUUCCUUUCUGGGCUGAAACAGAGUUCUUUAUUUCAACCUCAUAUACAUCAAUCAGUCCAUAUGUUUAUGGUAUUGGGACUAACCUCGUCUCGCCGCCAUCUUGCAGAAACAAAAGCAUUCAACCUUGUCUUUGCAGCGUGUUUAAGAAGAUAAGUCAUGAUGGAGACUAUUAUAAUUAA